GUAGGCAUAUGGACGCGGCUUCAUGGUUGGCCUCGGAAGUGACCGCUCUUUGCCCCGGAAGCCUUAGUCGUUGCUGUUAUCGGUGUUAUGGCUCCGCUGCUGUCCCGGUUCUGUCCGGCUUAAUUCACUAUGGCGGAACCACAGCGGGAGUCGCCGUAUAGUUUGACUAUACCGACUACCCGGAACGGACCCCUCAGCCCGGGCCUCUCCUGCUCCGGGCCCCGAAGUCCCCGCAGCCUCGGCCACCAAGAAGCUGCAGGCAAACCGGGAGGAAAAUGGGUCCGUCUAAACGUGGGCGGCACAUACUUCUUGAGCACCAAACAGACCCUGUGCCGGGAACCCAAAUCCUUCCUAUACCGACUGUGCCAAGAAGACCCCGACCUGGACUCUGACAAGGAUGAAACAGGAGCCUAUCUGAUCGAUCGGGACCCUACCUACUUUGGGCCAAUCCUAAACUAUCUACGACAUGGGAAGCUAAUACUCAGCAAGGAGUUAGCAGAGGAAGGUGUCUUAGAAGAAGCUGAGUUCUACAACAUUGCUUCAUUGGUCCGGCUAGUAAAAGAGCGCAUUCGAGACAACGAGAAUCGAACUUCACAGGGUCCUGUGAAACAUGUAUACAGAGUCUUGCAGUGCCAGGAGGAGGAGCUCACACAGAUGGUGUCCACCAUGUCUGAUGGUUGGAAGUUUGAACAGCUUAUCAGUAUUGGGUCUUCCUACAACUAUGGAAAUGAAGAUCAGGCUGAGUUCCUUUGUGUUGUGUCCAGAGAGCUGAACAACUCUACUAAUGGAUUGGUCAUUGAACCCAGUGAGAAGGCUAAAAUUCUUCAGGAGCGAGGAUCCCGGAUGUGAGGAAGAACAUGGACUGGGAUCUUAUUAUGAGCUCUGCACGGACUGUAACCAAAGCCCUCACUGCCUGCCGAGCUAAUGCGCUGUACUCCUCAGUGAUCCCCCUCAUCCUCAGCAGGCCUUAACAGCCCUCAA